AUGGCGGAGUUACAAAUGCUGCUGGAGGAGGAGAUUCCUGCGGGACGGAGAGCUUUACUGGACAGUUUUACCAACCUGGAGAGAGUAGCCGAGUACUGCGAGAGCAACUAUGUGCAGGUGAGAGCUGGUGUCUGAAAAUACAGGUAUUUAUGAAGGUAAAAUAAAGAGCAGGUCGGGAUAUUGUUGGAGGGAGUGGGCGGUCUGGAGUCGGGAGUGAUGGAAUGACAGUACCGAGCUCCGUUACUUUACUGUCAGAUUUUUUUCAAGGACACAAAAAAGUCAAGUUUUGGUUCAUUUUUAGACUGACUUACCAGAUUUAUCGACAACCAAGACUCAAACCCCAAUUCGGCUUCAAAGUAUUCCACCAAAUGUGUGUUAUUUUCGGGAGAUUGAACUUUUUCAGCUGGUGUAACUGUACACUGCAGAGGGAGGUGAAUGCUGAGUUGUCCUGUAAAUAAGUCAUGAAGUUAAAAAAGUUGACAUUUCACUUCACUGAGUUUUAAUUUCUUUGUUAAACGAAAGCCGAAUGAAAGGAUUACUCGUAUUUAUUCGUUUAAAAUCUUGGUUCAUCUCCUAAUAACGGUAUGACAUUACAGGUAAACGAGAAAUAAUUAAAAUGAUAAGUUUUCUAACGGAAUCUGGUCUGCUCUAGCUAGACUGACAGACAAUAGGAUAAGAUGGCCCUGUUCAGUCCUAACUUACUCUGUAGUAGUAACUUUGAAAAGUGCUGCUUCAUAAUCAUUCUAUAAUCUAUAUUAAUAUUACUCUGAGUAUGUGAGAGUAAACUGAUAAAUUUGAUGGUGAUAGCUUUGAAAAAUGGUAAAAGUUUUAAAAAGAUCAUUUUAGUGAAGCAAAAUAUGAGUACAUUAUAGAUGAAAAAGUCUCAGUAUGUUCAGAUUUCAUAUUCAUAAUUGUAAAACUGGGCAAACUAAAUAAGAAAAAACAAUGUAGCAAUAUGUUUAAAUUUAGAAAUAGUUGAUCUAAUGAGUUUAAUCAGUUAGUUUGGCUGCUGUGUCAUGUUUAUAUUUUCCUUUUUUAACCUUUAUCCUGUCUGUUAGAGGUCGACUGAUCACAGCUUUGGUAUAAAGAGGGCUGCUUGGCAAAAGACCCAUAUAUGAUGCUGAUAUCAAUGGAUAUGAAUGGACACUAAACAGGAGUCAGUCUCAGAUUUGAUAUGCUGUCAAAUAAUAUGAUAAUAUGAUGCCGGUUACGUCAAAAUGACAUUUAUUAUAAUGACUAAUCUGCAGACUGAUUCAUCUUUCUUUCUUUACCGCCUCCCCCUCACACCUGAUCACCUGCAGGGCCUGAGGUCUGACCGUUCAUCCCUCCUGUUGUUGUCUUACAGAGUUCAGUCUGUAUCAUACCGUCACUAAUAACACACUAAAGCUGCAAACAGGACGGGCGAUGAAGGGUUAAAUCAUUUCACAUGUUAAGAAAUCGAGUUGGAAAGCUGUUGCACAGUCCUUUGUUGUUAAGUGUGUCCUGUGUGUGUGUGUGUAUGUGUGUGUGUAGUGUGUGGGCAGGCAGGCGAGGCUGUUCAGGACAACUGUUCCUCCUCAGUUGGCUUUGAGGCACCUGUUCAUCGUCGCCACGUUUCAUAUUCAUCACAUUUCUGCAGCUCGGAGUGUGUUUCACUUCAUCAAACACACUCGCUGCAUAAAUUACCAACUCAUAAUCAGGGAAUAUUAUCUGUAAAAUUCAACUGUGAAAUCUUUUGGAGUGAGGUCCAGACGUGCAGAGCGGCUGCACUCUCAGAUUUGCACCAUAGCGGUCUGAAACAUCAUCUAUUAUCUCUGUUCGACGUCCAGGUUUCCUCUUGAAAUCACUCUCCCUCUGUCUCUGUUGGUAUUAUUUCUCUCCCCGCAGCAUCACACCGUCUCUGCUCCAGUAAAAAAAGCUCUUUUCUGGUUCAUUAGCCUGUUCAGACUACAGAUCCACAUGGGGUCUAACAGGCCAACUCAGCGCUCGGUGGGUGGCCUACAUUCCCCCCUUAGCCUGCAGACGAUGUGAGCCGUUACAUAAUCCACUAGAACGGUUUUAUGGGCCGAAUAUUCAGAUCCAGACUUGACCCGUGUUCACUCCUACCUAACCUGAGUGUAACCCCAACUCAUGAUACAUGAGUUAUCACGUGGAAGUAAAAUCGGCGAGGGCUUCUGCACGACACUGCUGAGGACAGGGUUAGGAUUGAGUCUAAAUAAAAAUAUUCAAUCUGUGCUCUCGGGUUUGAGGUCUGAGAAAUGUUAACCAAUCACAGGUCAAAAUCUAACACUCUUCUAGAAAGGACAACUGGACUUACUUAAGGCGAAACGUCCAAGUAAGUCCAGUUGUCCUUUCAACGAUGAACUGGAAAUCAUAGAUGCUGCAUCCUCAGUUUUAAACAACAUCUCAACCUUAAUUUCCACCACAUCCUGAUCGUCUACUAAAAGGUCGUAUCCUCCGAUUGUAGCGAUCGUAAGUUAACGUGUCAAUUUACACCGACUUCUUUCCGUUCCUCUAAGGAUCGCCGGAUUCCUCAGUGAAAGGUUUUUAGACGUCAUUUCACCCCGAUGACACCUUGGAUGAGGAGAUGCUGAUUCUAGAAGUCUAGAAGUAGAUUUCCUCCUCUGGAAGGACACAAUCUACUGCUUAUAUGUCUAUGUGUCUGUCUUUAGAGAGACAACUCGUUAUCGCACGAUUGAACGUGAAUCUACGGGUUCUUGUGAGUUCUCGCAAUUCCUGCUGUCCUUAAUCCGCCACGAAAUUCACCUCACAAACGGAUCUGUUAGGAAUUGGCGGACAGUGAAAAUCGCCACUGUUCUGGAUCGGAGCUGUUCAGGAUGUGGUGACGAUUGGGGGUGAAAAGUGUUAUCCAAUCAGAUUUCUGCAGAGAAAACUGUCAGUAUGGAGAGCAAAAGCAGGAGGAACUCAGUCCUCCAUCAUGACCUCCAGCUCCCAUGGUCGGUGAUCUGAGGGGGAUCUCCGUCUCUGUAUACUACAUGAUACACAGAUCUGACUGAUGCUGAGUCACUGAAGAGCAUCAGAGUUCAGAUUUACAGACUUCCCUGAAUGCAUCAGAGACGAUGAUCUGACCUCCAUUCAAUAACAGAAAUGAUAAAACACCAUAAAGAUGAACUCACAGAUCAGCUCAUCUUGACUUUGUUUCUGAGGGUCUGAAAUCUCCUGGAUCGUGUCACACAAACACUCAGAGUUUAUGUUUCUGGACAGCUGCCGGUCUCACAGAGUGAGUGGAUUUUACAGCAGACAGAGUGACACAGUGAUAUUUAGAUGAUUUGGUUGUUCUUUCCACCAUGAUGUCUUCUCUGACUCUGUGGUUGUUGUUCCUGCUGACGGCCUCAGAGAUGGACUCAAGUGGACGGGAACUGUUGAAGCCAAACGAUGUUGAUGGUUAGAACCGGUUCUGAUCUGGAACCAGUUUCUGAUCCCCAUCCUUUAAUACUCACACCUGGAGACAGUCUGCAGAAUGAGGGCGAUGCUUUAAAGUCUGCGUUUAAAUCAGAGCGCUGUCUCUACCUAACAGUGAGUGUUUCUGCAGGAUCUCAGGUUGUCCAAUAUAACGCCGCCCACAUCUCCACUGUGGGCUGGAGCUGGGAGAGCGGACAGAAAAUAGAGCUGCUGCUGCUGCAUCUCACACAGUCAGAGCCCUCACCCACCUUCAGCUGCGGCUCCCUCAGAGUGAUGAGACUCCGAACCAGUGACGCUUGGAAAGAGUUCAGGAGCAGAUCAGGAGGACUCUGUUAGUCAGCAUCUAUUUUUAACAGAUCUACAGAUGGAAACGCCGUUUUUUUUCUGAGACGGCCUGAACUGAAACACACACUGAAACACACACACUGAAACACACUGAAACACACACACACUGAAACACCCACACACACACGCUGGGUCGGCCCGCUCUGUUGGUCCUGGUCCUCCUCAGCUGGUCCUGGUUAUUUGUCAGCAGAAAAAGUCCAAACGUAACUCGACCUCCUGCUGCUCAUUGAAAACACAUGCUGCUGCUGCAGGAGGCCCAGCCCAGUGUGUGUGUGUGUGUGUGUGUGUUUAAGUGUGUGUGUUUUGUUGGAAACCAUGGCGAUGGCUUUCUCAGUGACAGAGUAUCAGCCUCCACCUUCAGAGUCGGAGCCAGGAGCAGAUCCUGCGGGGGCGGACCGAGCGGAGCGUUUGGACAGACGGGCUGUUAUCAGAAACUCGACAGAUUUAGACCCGAGUCCACAGACCCGAGUCCAGAGUCCGGACUUGAGGUUUUCACUGAUGGGUGUUAAAUUCAGACCCAGCUCUCCUCUGAGGUCUCUUUGUUCUCAGCACCAGGAUGAAGAAAACUGAACUUCCUCAGUCUGCUUCAUCUGCCUCAUUGACUACAUUACCCACAAUACCUUUCAGUGGAGCCAGAGGUGUAUGCAGUCAGUUAUAAAAAAAGGUAUUGGCCAAAAUCGGUAUCGUCAGGUCAAACUUUGUUAUUGAUCAGUGAUCAGUCAGAGAACGGUGAUGGGAGAACCUCUGACCUGAACCGUGAGGUGGAUCAGUGUUUCUGUAGGUCCUCAGUUAGAAAACAGUCAACGUUAACACAACGUUUCCCAGCAAGCUGCAGACAGUCAGAGCUCAUCAACAAACGAGGAGAGAGAGAGGGAGAGAGAGAGAGAGAGAGAGAGAGACACAGAGAGAGAGAGAGAGAGAGUUCAUUAAAAAAGAGGUCAGAGGAAUCAGAGCGUGCAUAUGAUGAAGAUCUGAACUGAUUCAUCUACAUCUAAACUCCCAGAGUUAGAAAUGAAAAAAUAACUCUGUGUGUGUGUGUGUGUGUGUGUGUUACUGCCCUGUCCUCAGGCCAGAGGAGGCAGCCCUCCAACUAGGUCAGUGCUAACAGGACAUCAGAUGUCUGCUGAGGAAGAGAGAGAGAGAGAGAGAGAGGGAGGAGAGAACUGGAGGGAUGAUGAAGGUAGACUGGUGAGAGGGUUCGGACUGGACCUGGACUGGACCUGGACUGGGUCCCAGUGUGCAGGUGUUUGUGUACCUGUGUGUGGACUUCAUCCUGGAUUCAUCAGUUAGUGUGAAUGAACUCUGUCUCAAACUAAACUUCUGCUUCUUGGAGCUCUAAACGUCCUCCAUGAAUUCAAGUCAGGACCUUUGAGUCUGUGUGGGUUUUAGCGCCCCCUGUGGACCCAGUUCAGCCUCAGCAGCUGACUGUCUAACAUGAGUCUGGUCCUCGUGGAGGUCUCUGCCUGUUAAAGAAGUUCUCCCUCUCCUCUGUGACGCUCUCUCUCUCUCUCCUGUGGUUGAAGACGAGGAUCAGGUCUGAUCCAGUCUGUACGUCAGGUCUUUGUAAACAGAGUCUGGUCUAGACCGGCUGUUUGUGGUGAAGCAUCUGCAGAAAACACUUGUUGUAAAUUUGCACUGUGUAAAUAAAGUUUAAUUGAUUGAUUGAUUGAUUAAUUGAUUAAUUGAUUAGACUCUGGUGAGUGAAUCUGAGGUUUAAACUGAGGAUGUAGGGCUGUGAGUCACUGAGACCGUGUGUGUGUGUGUGUCUGUGUGUGUGUGUGUGUGUGUGUGUGUGUGUGUGUGUGUGGGCAGUUGUAUUUUAAUGUGUGUGUGUGUCAGGGAGAGACACACAGUGGUGUCAGUGUGUUUCACGUCAACCUCAGGCACGAAUGAGUUAGCACUGACCUACAUCAUGCUCCAGCACACACACACACACACACACACACACACACACACACACACACACACAUAGGUAUCUAUGUUUUCGUACUCAUACACACAUAACUAAAUGUAAUCACACACGUGGUUAAACGAAAAAUGAUGCACACAGACAAAUGCAGUCAUGCGCACACACACACACACACACACACACACACACACACACACACACACACACACACACACACAGAAACACUCAUUCAUGUGAUUUCUGAGGUAGAUGCUGAAUGUGUUUUUUCAGCUCCGAUCAUUGUAACCCUCUGUGUGUGUGUGUGUGUGUGUGUGUGUGUGUGUGUGUGUGUGUGUGUGUGUGUGUGUGUGUGUGUGUGUGUGUGUGUGUGUGUGUGUGCGCAUGACUGCAUUUGUCUGUGUGCAUCAUUUUUUGUUUAACCACGUGUGUGAUUACAUUUAGUUAGGUGUGUAUGAGUACGAAAACAUAGAUACCUAUGUCUGUGUGUGUGUGUGUGUGUGCGUGUUUCUGCUGCAGAGGUCAGUCACAGGUCGACAGUCCAGUUUGUCCUACAGAACCAUCUGAUCUGAGUCAAGCCCAGAAUCCCACAUGUCUGUGUGUCACAGUUAGACCCAGACUGAGACUGAAACACAGACAGGAGUUCCUGUGAGAGACUCUAAAGACGAUUAAAGAGAGAACGAUCUUUAACGAGUGAAUGACUCUGAUCUCUGUGGUUUUCACAGCAUUAAAGGCCUACAGGUAGGGCUAGGUGAUAAAAUGAUAACUAUAUAUAUUGAAAAUUAAUAUUCCUCAAUAUCAAUAUAAAACAUGGUCAAUAUGCUUUUCAAUAGUCGUCAUUCUGACAUGUUUUGGUCAACUAUACGAACAGCCAAUGAAAAGGGGAGUUUCUCCGGGUCUGAACCAAUCAUGUUCUGAAUUAGAACCAAGUAUCAACCAACUGCAAAGUGGUAGCAGACAGCAGGUCAGAAGUUCUUGUAGAGGAACAACCAGACAGAUAAAAAGUUCUUCUGUCUCUCUUUCAUGAAACAAAAACAUUUUUCAGUUUUUAAAUCUGAAAUGUUGUUUUUGGAGGAUUUUAAAUUUAAUCUUCAAAUAUUUAAAAUGUCGUUUUUCUGAAGUUUGGGGUUCGGUGUCGUAAACAAAAGUGAACGGGUCACACUGAGCUCCUCCCCAUGAUGUCAUUUAAAGGUCAUAACACCCAUGUCUCCUGUGUCUCCUGUGUCUCCUGUGUCCCUUAAGUCCGCAGACAAAGAGCGAGCGCUGGAGGAGACCAAAAGCUACACCACCCAGUCUCUGGCGAGCGUCGCUUACCUCAUCAACACGCUCGCCAACAACGUGCUGCAGAUGCUGGACAUCCAGGCCUCCCAGCUGCGCCGCAUGGAGAGCUCCGUCAACCACAUCUCCCAGGUCUGAACCAAGAUCUCCUCAGUUCUUUCAGGUCCUCAGGUCCUCAGGUCUGUGUGGAUGAGUCUGACACGCGUGUGUUUGUUGGUGUGUCUCUGUCUGUCAUGUAUGAGAGCUCUCAGCGUGGACUCAUGAAUGUAUGCAGGCUCAGCUAUGUUCUCAUCAUCACAGAGGAACAGAGAUGAGUCUGCAGAGGAGAUGUGUGGAGGUCAUGAACAUGGAGUUUGUCCAGAUCUGAGAGUGAACACAUGAGGAACACAGUAGUGAGCUCUGAUCCUGGACCGAACAGAAACCGUCUCCUGCUCUUUGAAAUCCCCCGUCAUGAUCAGACCUUCACUCUUCAGUGUGGGUGUCGAGUGUUGUGUAAGUCUGAUCACAUGACUGAUGGUGGUGGUGGAGAUACUUCACACCUACAGACAGAGAAGAAGAAGAAGAAGAAGACUCUGGUGUUUCUCAGUCCAGCAGAGAUGAAUCUUCUUCAGAGCUGGUUCAGACUCGUGUUCACACGUGUCCCUCAGUGUGAAGUCUGUCCCAUCGGAGGAGAGGGUUAGUCUGAGGAGAUGUGAUCUGGAGCAGGCUGUGAAAGUCACACAUAUUUAAAUGAACUCUACAGACGGACUAUUUAAAGUAUUUUUCUCUGUUUCAUCCUCAGAUGUUUUUAUUUACUCUGAUAUAAACACCUCUCCUGUAGAGCUGCAGAUAUAUCGUUUGAGCGUCGUCAUGGCGAUGUACGUGUGACGUGUGAUAGUCACAUGUCAGAUCCUGCGAUGUCGGAGGUGAAUGAACUCGUCUAAUUUCAAGGGUAGCUGACUGAGAUACACUGCAGGUGACUCUGCAGCGAUCCACCAAUCACAUUCGUUCUUUACUCAGCUGCCAAUCAGACGACCCUGCCAGCCGUCAAUCAAAAUCAGAGAGGAGGAAACCACGCCCCUCACAUGGAGUGAGUCGACUCAUGUCAGCGUCCAUGUUCAGGACCCCUCUCUCCUUCAGGUCCCUCCCGUCUCCUCGGGUCACCUCUGGGCCUGAAUCUUCAUCGUCCUCCUGCAGCUGUGUUCCUCCUCCUCAUCAUCAUCCUCAGAUUCGGCACAUUCAGAGCCGCUCUGUUCAUAUUCAUGAUUCAGCAGAACUGAAGGAGCAGAAGAGUUUCAUUCAUGAAUCAGAGUUAAGUUAUUUGGAGGAUACAGAGGAUCUUGUUUUUCCUCCUCUGUAGAAAUCCGAGUCAUCAGGAACUCUGCAGGACCCGAUCAUGAGCUGCUCCUCUGUCUGUGCUGUGAAGCUCGUCUGUGAUUUCACGUCAUAAUUACUGCGUCUUCUAUUCACUCACAUCUGUUGUGUAGGCGAGUGUUCGGACUGUGAGGCUCCUUUCAUCAGGAAAAACUCUGAAAUAACCCUUUAGAGCGGAACAACAGAGCUCAGACGGCGGAGGAGGAACCCGUCAGUGUCCGUCUGACCGAUGGAGGACAGACCUGGACUUGUUUGGUGUCUGUAGAGAGUGUCUGUCUGUUCAGGAUGAGUGUUGGUUUGUGAGUGACUCCAGGAUCUCUGACUGAGUUUACAGGUUUGAAUGUUUCUGUCAGACGAAGCUGAAAAACUUCAUUAACACGUUUCACUCCUGAGGAAACGCCGUGACAUCGUGAAUAUCCUCGCCGUCGGAGCGUGAAGAUGAGCUGACAGCGAACGCUCAUCUGGAUUUAGACUGUGAGGGAACAGGUCUGAACUAUGAAGGUUUCAUGAACGGGGAUCAUCUAAAGUCCUCCUCUGAUGGUUCACAGACUCACACAAACAAAACCGGUAUUAACCUUUAACAGCUUUAAAAUAUAUUAGAUCAAUAUUUGUUUCUACUUUUUUUACAUAAAUCUGUUCGGCAACUUCAGUCCUGAUCAAAACUACUAAAUACUAAACUCCAUUAUACAGAUACAGAAGCUGGUCUAGUAAUCCAUCAGGCCUCUGUAACGGGUAAAUGUGUGAACCAGGUGAUCAACAGUAAAAUGACCUAAUUUGAUCCCUUCUGAACAGGGUUGAUCACCCUGACUGUAAACAUUAUAUUUAUAUAGUGUCAUGUCUCUGCAUUGAAAACAUGUGGUUAUAAUGGGAGUCAAUGGGGCAAAAACAGACACUAAGACCAUAAAAGGAAGUUUUUAUGAAAAUCUGCUGCUGCACAAAAACUAAAUAUGUAUAAAAGUCAUUAAAGUUACUGAUCUAAGACAUGUCUGAGACUGAUAAUAUGAAAAAUAAUGUUCUUUGUCCCAUCACUUUUAAUAUUGAAGAAAGCUCAUUUUGUGUUUCUGUCAGGAUCAGUUUAGUCAAAAUUAAUUAUUUAUUACAAGCGAACAUUUUUACUUUGGUGGUACGGCUCUGUUCUGAGGGUUCCCUGUCCUUCCAUGUGCUUACAUGGAACGCCACGGCUUUAAGGUCCUUACACACCGGGCGAGAAUGCCAGGCGAAUUAUUCGCCUUUUUUUUAAACAGCAUAAAGUCAAUGCGAGCUUCCACACCGGCUGCGAUUUUUCCGCAGGGCGAAAAGCCGCUUUUAUUUUUUCGCUCCUGUGUCGAAUUUUUCGGAUAUUCGCAGGCGAAUAUCUGGACCUGCUAGACCUCUGGCCAAUCAAAAGUCAUGUUGUUGAUGACAUCACAGACCCAUACGGCUGGAGGAGAGGGAGAAGUUUGAGAUUAUUAAAACGCAAAGAAAGGCAGCUGAGGUGCAUCCAAAACUCUUUCUAAUUACAAAUGAAGUAGUUUUCUCACAAGAUGACACUCUCUUGUCUUCCUUAGGAGACAGAUGUCAUGUGUCAUGUCCGUGCCGCAAAGCGACUUUAUUAAUUCGCUGUGCAAAAAAUAUACGCAUAUUCGCUUUGCGGCCGGUGUGUAUAGGCAAAAGCGAUUUUUCGGACCGGCGAAUAUUCGCAAUUUUCGUCUCGCUUUUUCGCUUCGCUUCGCAAAUUCGCCGGUGUGUAAGGACCUUUAAGAGGGGAGAGCUCCUCCCCUCAGAGAGGCAGAGAACGCAGCAACAAAUAAAUAUGAAUAAGAUCAAUAAUUAAAAAUCCCCCCACGGAACAGAGCAAGCAUCAGUGACAAAACAUCUGACACUGGAAGGAUCAGACACGACAUGAACAGGAGGAGCAGAUUAAAUAGGGCGCCAUUUUGACAUUAGCCAAUAGUGUAGAGGGCGAUCACCUGAGCUGUCAGCUGACUGAGGGCUGACUUAAGAUCAGCUGACUGUAGCCUUUAGCUUGAUUCCUGCCUGAAAUACCGCUAUGCUGCAUUUUUUCACGUCAGUGACUUUUUUUUUACAUUGACAUUCAAAAGGUUAAAAUUUAGAAUUUUUAAAAAUAUUUACUCGUUUUGAUCAAGACUGAGGUUGAUUAAAGAUUUAUGCAAAAAAAAAAAGAAAAAAUAUUGAUUUGAUAUAUUUUUACAGCAGUCAAAGUUAGUGGAUGAAAACAGACACUGACACCAACAAAGGGGAGUAAAUUUGUACCAUUGACCUUUAGACAAUUAUGAAAUCAUAUCUUCAAAUUAUGUGCAUAAAUAAAGUUUGUCAGUAAAAAUCAAGUCAUUUUCUGAAAUACAGUGAAAGUUACGAUCGAAUUAAGAAGAAAAAAUGACCUUUAGUGUCGUUUUUGUCUCCAACUCUGUCUAAAGGUUAAAUCUGCUCACGUGUCUCUGCUUUCAGACCGUCGACAUCCACAAAGAGAAGGUGGCGAGGCGAGAGAUCGGCAUCCUCACCACCAAUAAGAACACCACCCGCUCACAUAAGAUCGUCGCUCCGUCCAAUCCAGAGAGACCCGUCCGCUACAUCCGCAAACCCAUCGACUACGGCGUGCUGGACGACAUCGGCCACGGAGUCAAGGUGACCGAGACGUUUGAGAAUAAAAACGAGCGACAGAUCAGAGCCGAGAGAGUUUAGAGAUCGACGUACAUCUGUGACGAGAGGAGCUUUAACCUCUGAGUCUGUGGUUUAGUGAAGAGCAGAUCCCUGACCUUGACCUCUGACCUUUACUCUCUCUCUCUCUGUGUGUUUGAAACUGUUCAUGUCUCUGCUGCUCCACACUAACAUGCAGACCUUCUGUCUUCUUCUUCUUCUUCUUCUCCUCCUCUUUCUCCUGCUGCUUUCACUCACCUGUUCAGUGGUUGUUGAGGUUCAAGGUAAGGACACACACAACAACACACCUGCACAACAAUUCAACCAGAGUAAACAGGUGUUUGGCUCCUCCCCCUCUCACCUGUGCAUCACUAAAGUGAAGCUGAAUUAUGACGAACAAUCCUGAAUCAGAACCCUGUCCCCAGCUGGAGCUCGUUAACUCGUUAACUCGUUAACUCGUUAGUGACUCACCUGUGUUUGCUCCCCCUGCAGGUCAACGGUCAGCAGAACAUGAAACUAGGAGGAGGUCUGUCCAGGUCCAACCCCCCCACACAGAAACCACCGAGUCCUCCAAGGGCGGGAAAAGGCAUCCUGGGGUGUGUAUUAAACCUAACACACACUCACUCACAGAUACACACACACACUCACACACACAAACACACACACACACACACACAAACACACACACACACAGAUACAAACACACACACACACACACACAGAUGCACACACACACUCACAGAUACACACACUCACGCACACACACAUACACACACACUCACAGAUACACUCACUCACUCACUCACACACACACACACAUACACACACACUCACAGAUACACACACUCACUCACUCACUCACACACACACAUACACACACACUCACAGAUACACUCACUCACUCACACACACACACACAUACACACACACAUACACACACACUCACAGAUACACACACUCACUCACACACACACAUACACACACACACACUCACAGAUACACACACUCACUCACACACACACUCACAGAUACACACACUCACUCACUCACUCACACACACACACACACAUACACACACACUCACAGAUACACACACUCACUCACUCACUCACACACACACACAUACACACACACUCACAGAUACACACACUCACUCACUCACUCACACACACACAUACACACACACUCACAGAUACACACACUCACUCACUCACUCACACACACACACAUACACACACACUCACAGAUACACACACUCACUCACUCACUCACUCACACACACACACACAUACACACACACUCACAGAUACACACACUCACUCACUCACACACACACACACACUUUCACACCUCUGUUUUUAUGACGGUUAUUUCUCACAGACACGCCCACGUUCACACGAGCACAGGUGUGUGUUCUGAUGAGGAAAGAAACGUGUGUGUGUGUGUGUGUGUGUGUGUGUGUGUGUGUGAGUGAUUGUGUUACAGUUUUUGUGUGUGUCUGACUUUUUCAGGAGGUCGUAGCGUCCUGGGGCGAGUGUAGCACAGAUUAGACCCGGCAGAGAGGGAUGACAUCAUACUCACUCACACACACUCACACACACACACACACACACACACAAUCACACACACACACACACACUGCUUAGAGCUGCAGUAACGUCAUGCGUUGUGAAAGCUUGUUGUGUUCAAACAUCUAGGUCACCCAGCUGUGGCUCUUCCUCCUCUUUCUCUUCCUCCUCCUUUUCCUCUUCUUCCUCCUCCUCUUCUCCCUCAUCUUCUUCCUCCUCCUUCUCUUCCUCCUCCUCCUCCUGAACUGAGUGUGAAACAGUUCAUCUAAAUCUGACUCUCACUUCAUGAACUUAAUGAUUCCUGACCCCAGACUUCAGCAGAACCAAACAGAACCGAGCCGCUCGGAGCUGAAACAGACGCUCUGAUUGAACAGAACCCUAGAGAGGAUUCUGGACCGCUGUGAGAUCCAGACCAGCUUCAGGUCCUGAACUCUCAGAACUCUGCUGGAUCUCUGCUGGAGAUCCCACAUGACACCUUUAAUAUAGUUCACAGUUUCUCAGGAUCUAUACUGUGUAUCUCUACGGGAUCAAAAGUGUUCGAUAAUUUACUCUUUUGGCGAUCUAUUGAGGGUUUCCAGACGUUUCUAAACCUGCCACAAAGUUUACAAUCCAGCCACAAAAACAGGUGUUUGAUCAGAGACGUUUGGUGGUAAAUCCGCAGUGAUAAACCGAUGAAAACAGGAUUAUUGAUCAGAUUAUUGUGAUAAAAUAAAGAUCACUAUCACUAAAUGCCGCUAAUGUCUUCCUGGUUUGACGAGCUGUUUUAAUGACAAACUUUGGACCAAUGACACGGUCUCAUGAAGAGACUCUGAGCAGUCUGAUGUGGUCCUCUGUCUCAUCCCAGAAACAACUGUAAACAGUCAAAAACACCUGGAAGAAUGAGUGUAAAUAUGUCAAUAGUUUCUAUUCUCUUGAUAGACAAGAGAGAAUGAUGUUCAGGUGAGGAAAGACUUGGUCACUGUAGAUUUAUGUGGUUUUAGAGCAAAGUUCUGUUGGGAUCAGUUUCUGUUUUUGUUCUUUAGUUGACUUUGAUGGUUCUGAAUCUACUGUCACAUUUAUUUACAUCAUUUUUGCUCCAUAAACUGAAUCUGAGGUUGUCCUGAAAAUAAAGACGUGUUUAUAUUUGCUGUGAUUGGAAGGAUCGAGUCGAUACAGAGAUUUUUACUAAAAAAGAAACACAGGCGGUCUCACCUCUCCCUCUGCAGAAACUCAGAAAAUCAGAGGGUAGUUUUAUUCUUCAGUGUGUGUGUGUGUGUGUGUGUGUGUGAGUGUGUGUGUGUGUGAGCUCAGAGCGCCAGCUGGCCUCUCCCCACCUGAACCCCCCGCCGUUCUGUUCCUUCCUGUUUCCCGUUUGUUACCUGCUGAUCAGCCGGCUGUUUGACCGCGCUGAAUCUUAAUUAUGAGCCAAAAUGGCGUCCACGCUGAGAGCGCCGGAACACCUGAAGCUUUCAGGAGCGUGAACACAAAAACACAAAAACACAAAAACACGAAACGCUAAACUGGAGUUUAUAGAAAACAGGAGCGAGUGUCGGCGUGUGGAGGGGAGAGCCGACAGAAGCAGCUCAGCAGAGAGCUGGAGCGGAGAGAGCAGGGGUCCGCACGCCAAGAACACACACACACACACACACACACACACGCACACACACACAGAGUCAGCAGUGAGUUGGCACCACGCUCCAGUCGACAGGCCGGGUCCUUCUGUCCUCUCUCACACGCUCAGAUUCACACUCUCAGAUUCUCUCACUCUCUCUCUCUUCUUUUAUAAUUCUUCUUCUUCUUCUUCUUCUUCUUCUUUUUUAUGUUCAAACUCAUAAAUGUGAUAUUUUUCAGACGCUCUCUGUUCACACGCUGACGUUAAAAUGUUCAUUUCCCUCUCAGGUGUUGACGUUUCGGCGGACUGUCAAAGUGACUCCUGAUUUUGGUGUUUGAUUUAAAGAAGGACUUCAUAAUCCGACUGAUCUGACCUUUCUGGACCUCCUCUGUUUCUCUGACCUUAUUCUGAACAUUUCUGUGAUAAUGAAGGAAGUCCAAAAAUACAUCCUGACCUUUAAAUGUGACCCUAACAUCUCCGUCUGUGUCUGAAGCCGCGAACAUCCAGGGUCAGCGUAUUUGGAGCAGCAGCGAAGUUCAGACUGACUGUUGAUCCUCGACUGUCUGUGAAAAAGCUCGAAGUGAUUUUCCAGUUUGUGUUUUACAGGUUUAUUCAUGUUUAAUAAAGUAAACUCUGUUCCUUCCUGCUGUUACCUUCAGACAGAGUUAGCAGGUCAAAGUCCUGUUGGGGUCCACAUGGAUCAGGGACCGACCAUCAGAAUCUGUGUUACUGAUAAAUCCAGAACCAGGAAGAGAGUUCACAUAUGCGGUUUUAUUUUGAAAUACCAGAUGACAUGCACAGUUUUCAUGCUUGACUUCCUGUGUAAAACGACCUUGUGCUGCCUCCAAAUACGCUGAUCCUGUCUGUUUGAGUCUUUAGAGCAGAGAAACCAGCUGCACUGCGAUCCUUAAAUCAGAUCGAUUAAGUGUCCUUGUACCUGAACAUGCGGCUCCAUGUUGACAGAUCAGAUCAUUUCACAGUAGAGGCUCUCUUUGGAGAUACAGCGCCCCCCUGUGGUCGCACUCACACAUUAACUACAGUUCAUAUCAUUCUCAUGGUCCCUCGUCCGCCGUCAUUUUCUAACCGCUAAAUUAAUCUGAGUUUGUUCGAGGCGACCGAUUAAAUGAAGGGAAAAAAUUCCAGUUUGAUCGAGCAGAGGGCGCUCUUGUCGUAACCUGACCGUUGACCUAAAACAUCAUCUGAGAUACACAGGAGAUGUUUUUCUUAUGCUGAGGUCGAGUCACCUUAAAAGUCAGAAGUUUGAGCUGAAACUGACGUCUACGAAACUUCGGUUUGACGUCAUUUUCAGCUCCGACCUCCGAGGUAACUCGGAAGCAGCAUUAAUACACUUUGACCUCUGUUAUAUGUAGAUGUACAGCUUCGUCCAGAGGGGGCGCUAUAGUCCACUAACAUCAUCAGUCCUGUGUUGUUGCUCGGUGGAUUAUUUCGUGUUUUUCUGGUUGAGGAGAACUUUCCUCGCUCUCGUGUUUUUGACCCGUGUCAGCAGAUGUUCAGGUCGGUCUUCAUGUCGGAGGUUCUGCUCCUGGUCCUGGUCCGGGAUAUUUAACCCCUUCCUGUCCCUCAUUAACCCGAACUCUACCCGACCUUUUGCAUGUACAGGAAGAACUCCCCCUACAGGACUCUGGAGCCAGUGCGCCCUCCGGUGGUGCCCAACGACUACGUCUCCAGCCCCACCAGAAACAACGUGGCUGUUGGACAGCUCCCCAGUCCGGUUCGCACCGCCACCCUCAACCACAGACCCCGAACAUACAGGUAGAGGGGUCAGAGGGCAAACAUGGCCGCCGGGACGGGACUCCAUGCUGUCAUUCCUUCACGCUCUCCUCCUCCUCCUCCUCGUCUGCUUCUCUCUCGUCUCUCUCGCCGUUCUUCAGUCUCAGAUUCGCUGUCAUGUUCUUCUGCUCAGUGUCUCAUUCUGAGUAAAAUCACGUCGUCUAACUCUGUUUCCACCCUCACAGUCCGACUGACUGACUCUCUCCUCAUUUAUUCAUUUAUUCAUUUGGAGUUUGUUGGUUUAUUUUCUGUGUUUGAACAAACAGAGGUGUUGGUCCUUUAAAAUGUUAUUUUAGAUUUUAAAGUUUCGUGAUUUUAAGACAAUUUAAAGGUGUUGUAGUCAGGAUCUGAGUUAGUUCCAGUUUUUAGGAGAAAUCUUGAAUGUAAACUCUACCCCUCCCAACCAGUUUUCCCCUCAGCUCCUCCUCUCUCAAGCCCCGCCCACAAACAGACGCUCCUGCUCGCUCGUAUCGUUCCAAUUAAAUUCAGAUAUAAUGCAGAUAAAUACUUCAGAUCAUUACAAAUGGGGCCCAGUCAAGGUGAAAGUCAAAAGCAUUGGUGCGACCUGAAAAAAAAUCUGAAUCUAAAAACUGUCGAGCAGCUCGGAGGGAAAGUUUGUAAUCACUGAAAACCAAAACAGUUUUUAGAGGAGGAAUCUCGUGUUUAUUACGUCAUUUUUUACUUUUACAUUCAGUUCUUCUUUUAUAUAAUGAGGUUAUUUGCACCCUCUGCUGUCCAAUCACAGCGCUGCAGAGAAAGUUCUAGAAUCUUGUCCGUCCAAUCAGCAUCUCUGUCUGCUCCUGCUCUGUUUCUCUCAGCCAAUCAGAUUCUUUCUUUGCUUCUUGUUGUUUCCAUGUUUCUGCUGCUGACAUGAACUCACCGCUGCUUUAACUUCAUCUUCUCUCCUGUUUUAACCUCCUCGAUUUUACUGGUUUUACUUAACGAAGUGUUUGCAGCUAAACUCGUGUGUGUGUGUGUGUGUGUGUGUGUGCGUGUCUGUGUGUGUGUGUGUGUGUGUAAACAGUGGCAGCAGUGGAGGCAGUCACCCCAGCAGCAGCAGUCGGAGCAGCAGUAGAGAGAACAGCGGCAGCGGCAGUGUGGGCGUUCCCAUCGCCGUGCCGACACCGUCACCGCCCUCCACUUUCCCAGGUGACACACACACACACACACACACACACACACAACGGACACACACACACACUGUUUAAGUGUUUAACCUUUGACCCUUGAUGGUGAUUGGACCGUUUCAGUGUGUUUUUCCUAAUUUCUCAGUUUUUACAAACAUCUAAAUUUGUUUUAAAUAAAAUAAUAAAUAUAAUAAAAUAAACUCUUUAAAAAUCGAACCUCACAGUUUGGAUGGAGUAACUCCCUCCUCCAUCCUUCCUUCUUUCCUUCCUUCCUUCUCUCCUUCACUCCUUCUUCUCUCUCCUCCUACUCCAAGUCUCCCCGACUGCCGGACCUGCGAGCUCCUCCUCCACAGCUCCUAACUCCUCCCCCUCUCCUUCACCCACUCCGUCCUCCUUCUCCUCCUCCUCCUCCACCACCACCCUGACUCACCCAAACGCCCCCCUGCCUCCAAACUCACCCUCCCAGCACGCCGACUCUCCUCCUCCUCCUCCUCCUCCUGCUCCAAACGCACCCACCAACACCUCCCCGUCCUCUAACCCCGCCCCCAGCAUGACUGAGGUCCAAUCGGGUGUUUUGCCUGCAGAGCUGUCUCCUCUCCUUCCUCCUGUUCCUCCUUCUCCACUCUCCUCCUCCUCCUCCUCACCACCUCCUGCUGAAGGUGAGUUCCUCCUGCUUCACCUCCUCCUGCUCCGUCCUUCAGACUUUUUGAACUUUAAGAUCGUUCUUGAGGAAGUUUUAUUUUUAUAACUUAACGAUAUUUUUAACUCCUCCCACCUCCUCUCCUCCUCCUCCUCUCUGCUCCGUCAGGUCCCAUCGUCCCCCAGUUCUUCAGCAUGAACCGGCCUCAGCCCCGACAGCAGACGCCUCAGGUGGGAGGGUCACUGCCGUACCGCCGCCCCCCCUCAGUGACCGGUCAGCCAAUCGCAGCGCAGAACCAGGUCAACGGAGGUCCCUACCACACCCAGAGUCCAGGUAGAAAACGGAGAACACCGAGAACAUCCUUCCUUUUAGGACGACAAGAACACAAACUCUCUCUGAAACACACCUGUAACUUCAUGUUUCUUCAUUCUCCCUGAAUUUAAAGUUGUAAAUAAACUCCGUCUGUCCGUCUGUCCGUGUCCACAGCCUCGCCUCCGCCUCCCUCCAUCCUCCAGUUCACUCCUCAGCUUCCUCUGAUGGGAUUUGUCGCUCGAGUUCAAGAGUCCAGUGAGUAUAAACGCUCUUCUGAGUAUGUGGACGUCUUUCCCUCCGUCCCUCAGUGAGUCCAGAUCUCCCAGUGUUCCCAGUGUUCCCAGUGUUUCCAGUUCUCUCUCUCCUCCUCCUGCAGUCUCAGACUCCUCUCCUCCUCCUCCUCUGACUCAACCCGCUGAAGUCGAGAACCAACCCACGCCUGAGGAGACCCCGCCCACUCCUGAGCCGCUGGAGGACGGACGUGAGGAGGAGGACUCGGCUGUGGUGGAGUACAACGACCCGUACGCUGAGGAGGAUCCUCCGUGGGCGCCGAGGAGCUACCAGGAGAAAGGUGAGGCUGCAGGCGAGCUGUGGAGACGCUUGCAGGAAUCCAUCCUGAACGUCUACUAAAAGGUUCUUGCGAUUACCGCUGUCCGUGAUCCGCCAUGAAAGUCACCUCACAAACAGAUCUGGUAGGAAUUGGCGUACUGUGUUUAUCGACGCCGUUCUGGAUGCGGUGGAAAUCCCGGGUUACACACGCACAGAGACUGGUGCAGAUCUAUGAUUACACAUGUAACUUUAACUCGUUCAUGUACGGCUGGUUUUAUUCAUGGAACAUUUCACAGGUUUGUUAUUUCAAAUCUAAAACUGAAUUUUCACCCUGAAGGACAAACACAUAAACUGUUGCACAUCUAUGAUAUUAUUAUCUAUACAUUUGUCUCUCUAUAGCAUCUAUAUCUCCCUCAGCUGUCAAACAUUCUGGUCGUGUUGUUCAGUCAUAUUUGUGUGUGUUUGUCGCCCCCCAGUGGUGGCCAUCUACGACUACACAGCUGAUAAAGAGGACGAGCUGUCGUUCCAGGAGGGCGCCAUCAUCUACGUCAUCAAGAAGAACGAGGACGGCUGGUUCGAAGGAGUGAUGAACGCCACCACGGGCCUGUUCCCCGGGAACUACGUGGAGUCCAUCAUGCACUACGCGGACUGA